GGAAGAGUUGAACUUUAAGAUGCAUUAUUAUUGCUCUUCGAGAAUUGUCAAAUCAAUUUGUUAUUGUUACAAUCAAUCACAAAUAGGUGUUCUAUACAUAAAGCAACAUAAUUAUGUUUAAUUAAGUAUGGUUAAUGCACAAAAGAGAGUCUUUAAAAGCCAUAUUUAGACCAGAGCAGACAGAGACAAAGCAUGUUACUCCAAAUUGAAAAUCAUUAAAAAAAAAAAAUCUUUUGCCUUUUGGAAACGUAAUCCAAAAAUAUUAACGUAUUUCAGUCAACCUCUUCGACUCCAAUCUGCUCAUCACAGGUGAGAUGAACUUUCCUUCUUUCAUCAUUCUCAGACAAAUUUGUUCUUUUCUCUUCUCUCUCCCAACAUGAACAUUGUUGGGUUGUUUCUUCUUUGAACAAAAGAAAACUCAUCUGUUUAAUCUUUCCUCUGGUACUAUUAACAUGAAUGGUCAACGGCUUCUCCUACUGUUGUUAUCCUUUUUAUUAUUGUUGUUCCGACAGAUAUCAGCUACUGAUUUUGUCAUUAAUAGAUUCAAUUCAUCCAGUGUAUUGCUCUAUGGAAAUGCCACCAUCGAAUCCCAUAUUCUUACACUCACAAAAGAUUCGACCUUUUCCAUUGGUCGUGCUCUGUACCCCACGAAGAUUGCUGCCAAGAAACCCAAUUCAUCUUAUGUUCUUCCAUUUUCAACUUCUUUCAUCUUUGCUAUGGCGCCCAACAAGCUUUACAAUCCUGGACACGGAAUAGUUUUCUUGUUUGUUCCAAAAACAGGGAUCGAUGGGACUGCAGCUUCUCAGAAUUUGGGUUUGCUCAACUUGACGAAUUUGGGGAACCCAGAUGAUCAUCUCUUUGGGGUCGAGUUUGAUGUGUUCAAGAAUGAAGAAUUCAAGGAUAUUAGUGACAGCCAUGUUGGUAUCGAUAUCAAUUCACUUGUGUCGGAUUUUGCUCAUGAUGCAGGGUAUUGGCCUGAUGAUGGGCAGCCAUUCAAGACUGUGAAAAUGAAUAAUGGGAAGACUUAUCAAGUUUGGAUUGAUUAUGCUGAUUCUCGAAUCAAUGUGACCAUGGCACCAACUGGGAUGAAAAGGCCUAAGCAGCCUUUGUUGAAUGCAACUGUCAAUCUUUCUCAAGUUUUCCAGGAUGAAAUGUAUGUGGGUUUCACCUCAUCUACAGGUCAGUUAGUUCAAAGUCACAAGAUUUUAGCUUGGAGUUACAGCAAUACCAAUUUCUCUCUGAGUGAGGCGUUAAUCACAAAUGGCUUGCCAUCAUUUGAGCUUCCCAAAGAACCGAUCUUUAAGCAAAAAGGGUUCAUUGUAGGUGUUACAGUAGGAGUUGUCCUUGUAUUUAUUUUGACAUCUUUGAGUUCUUUUGUGCUUGUGAAAAUUUAUCUGAGAAGAAAGAGGGAAAGAGAGGAAAUGGAAGAGUGGGAGUUGGAGUAUUGGCCUCAUAGAAUGACUUACCAAGAAAUUGAGGCGGCAACAAAGGACUUUUCUGAAGAAAAUGUGAUUGGAAUUGGGGGGAAUGGAAAAGUGUAUAAAGGAACAUUGGUGGGUGGGGCAGAGGUUGCUGUGAAGAGAAUAUCUCACCAGAACAGUGAAGGGAUGAGAGAAUUUGUAUCAGAAGUUUCAAGCUUGGGAAGACUAAAGCACAGGAAUUUGGUAGGCUUGAGAGGCUGGUGUAAGAAAGAGAAGGGUAGCUUCAUUUUGGUUUAUGAUUACAUGGAAAAUGGGAGUUUGGAUGAAAGAAUUUUCCUUCGUGAUAACAGCAAAUUGUUGAGUUGCGAGGAAAGAAUCAGGAUUUUGAAAGAUGUGGCUUCAGCACUGUUUUAUUUACAUGAAGGAUGGGAAUCCAAAGUUCUUCACAGGGAUAUUAAGGCCAGCAAUGUCUUACUUGACAAAGACAUGAAUGCAAGAUUAGGCGAUUUCGGGUUGGCUAGAAUGCAUGAUCACAACCAAAUGGCUGCAACAACUCAUGUAGUUGGUACAAUCGGAUACAUGGCACCAGAGUUGAUUAAGAGUGGCAAGUCAUCAACUCAAACAGAUGUAUUUAGUUUUGGGAUACUGAUUUUGGAGGUGUUAUGUGGUAGGACACCAAUUGAUGAAGGAAAGCCACUUCUUGUGGAUUGGGUGUUGGAGCUUUUGAGACUAGAUGAGCUGAUCAAUGCACUAGAUGAACGAGUAAAGGCGAAUGGAGGAUUCAAUGAAGAAGAAGUAGAAAGGGUGCUGCAUUUAGGCUUGUUAUGUGCUCAUCCUGAUCCCAAUGUUAGGCCAACAAUGAGACAGGUUGUGAAGCUUUUGGAAGGAAAGAAUCCCGAGCUGGUUGAUGAGUCCGAAGACGAAGAUUCGGAAUUGUACCUUCUUGACAAGAUGAAAACAAGGAAUUUUAGGUGGCCCGAUAUGUCUUUCAGUAGCAGUUCACAAUCACAAUCACACCCCACGUUUGAUGAAAUUAGAGAAGGUUUGUCAUCUUCAAUGACAAUUUCUUGGUCUAAAUCUAUGGCUGUGGGUAGGUGAUUCAUGUGUAUAUAGUAAAAUCAUUGUCAAAAUCAUUAAUUUAAAUUUGUGGGAUGUUCUUAUUUAUUGUGAGAAGAUGAUGCAUCUGAAACCAGACUAAUUCCAAGGGGGGAGCCGGCGAUCUUGAAAACGGGUGUUCAUUGGAUGGAGUCAAACCAGGUUGGCGAAUCAGCUCAAACAUGUGUUUAAGAAUAGAAACAACACAGAAGCUUUGGUUAGCACUUAGGAAUUUGUAACAUUGUUUAUUGUUUCAUACAAUUCUUUCAUUUUCCUUGAAAAUGGUUCCUCAUGUGAGUUUUUGUAGGUUUUAAUUACUUGUGACACCCUAAAUUGUCUCAAUCAACCUUCUAUUUCUUGCCC